AUGGCCCACCCCUUUAAUCGGAGCCUCUUCACUCCAUUUCUCGGACGCCGAAGUGCCAUAUAUAGCACCUCGGGCAUGAUAGCAUGCUCCCAGCCACUCGCCGCGAGAGCUGGUCAGAAGAUCCUGGAGAAUGGUGGAAAUGCAGCAGAUGCUGCUAUCGCAGUGGCUGCUGCGUUGAAUGUGACUGAGCCAGGAUCAACCGGGAUCGGGGGUGAUAUAUUUUGUCUCUUCUACAAUAACAAGACCAAGAAAGUGCAUGGGCUCAACGGGUCCGGGCGUGCCCCGAUGAGUCUUACGCUUGAGAAGGCUCGAGAACGGUUGGAAAGCUCACAGCUCCCGCUGAAAAAUAUACCACUCAACAGUGUUCUCGCAGUCACGACUCCAGGGGCGGCAAGUGGGUGGGUGGAUACUGUCGAAAGGUUUGGGAGCGGCAAUUUGUCGCUCGAGCAGGUCUUGAAGCCUGCAAUUUCCCUGGCCGAUGAGGGGUUUCCUGUUUCGGAGAUAUCGGCCCGUUUGUGGCAAGAAAAUGCGAAAUCGUUGAUAGAGGCGUCGCCCAAUUACCGCGAACUUCUUAAAGUCGAGUAUACCCCAAAUGAGGUGGUUCGUGCGCCUGUGGCCGGCGAGAUUAUGACCAACCCUGCUCUUGCGCAGACCUUCCGGAAGCUCGCUAUUGAAGGAAAGAAUGGUUUCUACCGAGGUGUUAUUGCAGAUGCGAUUGUGGAAGCGGUAAGGAAUCGUGAUGGAUUUCUUUCUUAUGAGGAUUUAUCCUACCAUGCAGAUGUGGGAAGUAUAGCGACCAGUCCAGUCUGUGUUCGUUUCAAGGAGGCGGUCGACGUGUGGGAGCAUCCGCCUAACGGGCAGGGUCUCGUUGCUCUCAUGGCACUCAAAUUAUUUGAGGAAUUAGAACGUACCAAGAAGAUCCCACCUUUAUCCAGUCUCCAGCACAACUCUGUCGACUAUAUCCACGCUCUGAUUGAAGUCUUCCGCAUUUCCUUCGCAGAUGGCUCAUGGUGGAUUGCAGACCCCGCCCAUUCAGAUAUCCCGAAUAUUCUAUCUGAUUCAUACAUCGCGGAAAGAGCACUUCUUUUCAACUCGGACGCAGCAUCAAACAAUUUUUCCCAUGGCAGCCCCGCGUUGAACUCAUGCGACACCGUGUACUUCGCUGUCGUCGAUAGCGACGGGAACGCCGCAUCAGUUGUCAACAGUAAUUAUCACGGCUUCGGGACUGGAAUUAUCCCGCGUGGAUGUGGCUUCACUCUACAAAGCCGCGGUGCUAAUUUCUCCCUCACACCUGGCCAUCCAAACGCCCUUGCGCCAGGCAAGCGUCCAUAUCAUACCAUUAUCCCCGCAAUGGCUACUAGCCCAGCGGAUGGAUCUUUGAAUACCGUAUUCGGCGUCAUGGGUGGGUUUAUGCAGCCACAGGGGCAUGUGCAGCUGUUGAUGAAUAUGCUUUCGUUUGGAAUGAAUUCUCAACAAGCGCUGGAUGCCCCAAGAGUGUGUAUCGGGUCAACGGGACACCUUCAUACAGCAACAGGGAAUGAAAAGACCGUUUAUAUUGAGGAGGGCAUGGGCUCAACAGUUGUGGAAGGAUUGCGCCAGCGGGGCCAUACCGUUAAGGUUCUUGAUGGUUGGGAUAGAGAGAUUUUUGGGAGAGGUCAGAUUAUCCGGACGUUUCAGGACAAAGAUCUCCGGACGGUCCUAGAAGCUGGGAGUGAUUUGAGGGCAGAUGGAAUGGCUUUGCCAGUGUAG